AUGCGGCAACGGAGGACUGACGCGCAACAAGAGGCCCGCUCCUACCUGAGCGAGGAAAUGCUGGCUGAGUUCAAGGCCGCCUUCGACAUGUUCGACACCGACGGUGGCGGUGACAUCAGCACCAAGGAGUUGGGUACCGUGAUGAGGAUGCUGGGCCAGAACCCGACAAGAGAGGAGUUGGAUGAGAUCAUCGAGGAGGUCGAUGAGGACGGCAGCGGUACCAUCGACUUCGAGGAGUUCUUGGUCAUGAUGGUGAGGCUGCUGAAGGAGGACCAGGCCGGCAAGAGCGAGGAAGAGUUGGCAGACUGCUUCCGUGUGUUCGACAAGAACGCCGACGGCUACAUCGACAGAGAGGAGUUUGCCCUCAUCAUCCGCAGCACCGGCGAGCCCGUCACAGAGGAGGAGAUCGAUGAGCUGCUGAAGGAUGGAGACAAGAACGCUGACGGCAUGCUGGACUUUGACGAAUUCCUCAAGAUGAUGGAGAAUGUGCAGUAAAACCAGAAAGACUCAUGGACAUUCCCCCCCACCGUGAACCCCCACUCUGAACACAUCUGACCCCCUAUUGACCCACUGAAAACUACCCCACCCCCACUCUCCCCCUCCUCCCUCCUGUCCACCUGGUUCACUGGAUCUCUUCCCCAUUCUUAUAAACAUCCUCAACAGACUGCUAGGUCACCCUUCGGGGGAGGGGGGUCGCUGGCUGGGCUUCACCCUUCCCCAGUGCAUGAAUGCAGACGACCUAUGGAUGCUGCGCUGACACUGUUCACCGUGAC